CGUCGCAUUCUCCUCUUCAUCCCUCCAUCGAUCCAUCCAAUCCACAUCCUUCUCCCCUUCUCGCCUCAUUCAAGUAGCUGCAGCAGACUGUGACGCCGAACGCUGUCGGCCGGGCAAGCUGAUCAGUUUCACCGGCACAAUGACCGCUGCCGCUGCAGUGUGCGCGUAUCUUCAAUGCUGCUCGCGGAUCGCCUUCUGCUGCUUCUGCGAACAUUUCGGCGCUUCCAUUCAGGCCCCCAAGGAGGAAAUGAGAGCCAAUUCUACGACGCGCGCAUGUGGUUUUCAGGUCAACUGUGGGCUUCGGAUCAAUCAGGCCGAAAUGGCCCAGGCUCCUUUCAGGUGUUCCCGUCUAAGGUUGAAUGGCCCGAGAGCGCAACGCCUCCGCCAUUUACCCUUUCCGGAUGAGAACAUGACCAACCACAGCAGAACUGGCUUGAUGGAACAGACAGACCCCAAAUGGAAUUAAUUAUGCAUCUGCCGGGCCGCUUGUGCUUUUUCCUCAUGGACAAGGGUUCCACGGAUUAUACUUCCCCAUCCUGUCUCUCUCCCCCUCUAUCAUCCAUCUCCAUUCAUCUCCCCAUGGCAAACUCUGUCCCGCCGUCUACCAUUCACUCAUCGGUGUCAUACCGUUCAACAACACGAUUGAUCAAUUCGGGCAUGUAAAAUGGUCUUCGCACUUCCUGUUACCCUCCGCAAAGGAGGACGUUGUGUCACUCACGUUCAAUGAUGAUACCCGGC